AUGUCUUCUUCCUCCUCAACGUCUCGUGGGUCGGAUGCUGCCAGUUCACUUCCCAUCAAACUCGAUGGCACCAAUUAUCCUCAUUGGCUUGCCCAAAUUGUUCCCAUCUUACAAAGUCGAAACCUCAUGGGUUAUGUGGACGGGACCAAGCCUUGCCCUGACUAUUAUGUCACCGAUCAUCAAGGAAAAAUAACCUUCACCGUUGAUCCCGCAUAUGACCGGUGGAUUAGAGAGGAUCGGAUGGUCCAAAGUUGGAUCAAUGCCUCGCUUGCUCCCUCUGUUUUGUCUGUUGUGGCUAUCGCCACUAGUUCACGGACUGCAUGGCUGUCUUUGGAGGAGCGUUACGCUUCUCAAUCUCGUAACCUUGAUUCUGGCACAACUUCCCCACCUCCUCCACCAGGCAGCGGCGGUAGUAGUCCUAAUGAUAAUGAUAAGGGCAUUGGCAAUUUAUAUGGUGGUAAUAAUGGUGCCACCUCGCCUUCGGGCCCUUCUCAUCCAUCUAGUUAUGACGUGUUCUUGAGUUUCAGAGGCGAAGACACUCGCAGGACUUUUACUGACCACCUCUAUACAGCCUUUGUGAGGGCAGGCCUUCGCACAUUCCGAGAUGACGAUGAACUAAGGAGAGGAGAAAAUAUUAAGCCGGAAUUACUGAGAGCUAUAAAAGAGUCAAAAUGUUCUGUCAUUGUGUUCUCAAGAGAGUACGCGUCUUCGCUUUGGUGCCUUGACGAGCUGGUGAUGAUCCUGGAUCGCAAGAGGACCCCUGACUCCAACCAUGUCGUUUUGCCAGUAUUUUAUGAUGUCCUUCCAUCCCAGGUGAGGAAACAGAAGGGGAGUUUUGCAACGGCAUUCGCCAGACACGAACACGAAACACAUGAGUCGAUGGACGAUAUAAAGAGAUGGAGGGCAGCACUUACAGAAGUUGCAGAUCUAGCAGGGAUGGUCUUACAAAACGAAGCUGAUGGGCAUGAGGCGAAGUUUAUCCAGAAAAUUGUUAAAGUGAUUGAAGACAAGUUAAGUCGCAGGCCAUUAAAUGUUGCCCAACACUUGAUCGGAAUGGACUAUCUAGUUGAAGAAAUUAAUUCGAACUUAUGGUUACAAGAUGAAUCGAAUGAUGUUGGGAUACAUGCAAUUUAUGGCAUGCGAGGAACAGGGAAGACAACCGUUGCCAAAUCCGUUUAUAAUUCAAACUUCAGAAGAUUUGAAGCAAGCAGUUUCCUUGAAAAUAUCAAAGGAAGUUCAGAACAAUCCAAUGGCUUAGUUCAAGUACAAAAACAACUUCUGAGUGACAUUUUGGAUGGAAGAGAAGUGAAAAUAAGCGGUGUCAGUGAGGGAAUAACUAAGGUUGAAGAUGCCAUUAGCUCUAAAAGAAUCCUUCUUGUUCUUGAUGAUGUGGAUCAUAUGGACCAAUUAUUGGAUGUAGUACUUGGGAUGAAAGAUCGGUGUUAUCCGGGAAGUAGAAUCAUCAUAACAACUAGCAAUGUAGGGUUGUUAAGAGCUGAUCGUUACCGAGUUAUUAAGGUGCAUGGCAUCAGAACUUUCACUGACGGCGAAUCACUGGAGCUCUUUAGUUGGCAUGCUUUUGGAAAGGACCGUCCAACUGAAAGUUUCAUGGAAAUUUCCAAGAAGUUUGUAGACCACUGCGGAGGACUUCCCUUAGCUCUUAAAACUUUGGGUUCUUCUUUAUCAGGGCAAAGCAUGGAUCUAUGGAAAAGUCAAUUACAAAAAUUAGAAGCUUUCCCGAACGAUGAAAUCAUGAACAAACUCAGAAUAAGCUAUGACUCUUUGCAAGAUGACCAUGAUCGAAAUUUAUUCCUUCAUGUUGCAUGCUUUUUUGUUGGAAUGGACAAUGACGUCAUCGUUAAAAUACUAGAUGGUUGUGGUUUCCAAACAAUUAUUGCCAUUCAAAAUCUCCUUGAUAGAUGUUUGAUAAGAAUUGAUCGAUGCAACAAGUUGCAAAUGAAUCACAUGAUUCGUGACAUGGGAAGGGGAAUUGUUCGCUUAGAAUCCAGGCAGCCAGGGCAACGCAGUCGAUUAUGGAAUCCUAAGGAUUCUUACGAAGUAUUGACAGAGCAGAGUGGUACAAAAAAUGUUGAAGGUCUUAUCCUGGACAUGCGUAUGCACCCUGGAUACAGUGUUCUCUUGAGGUCAGAUUAUAAGCCACCCUUAGAAACCAAUGCAUUUGCAAGGAUGAAGAGACUAAUGUUACUCCAACUUAGUCAUGUACAACUCCAAGGAAACUAUCAAGAAUUUCCUAAAGGAUUAAGAUGGCUGAGUUGGCAUCAAUCUCAGUUGGAAUUUUUACCCAAUGAUUUUCCAUUGAAGAGUUUGAUUGUUCUUGAAAUGUGCUAUAGCAGUUUGAGACGAGUUUGGAAUCAGAGAACUGAGUAUCUCCCAACAAUGAAGAUCAUAAAUCUUAGCCAUUCUCAUGAUCUUACAGAAACCCCUGACUUUUCGUUUGUUCCGAAUCUAGAGGUUCUGAUUAUGAAAGAUUGUCUAAGCUUGGUUGAUGUCCAUGAAUCCAUUGGUAACCUAGAGAAACUGAGUGAGGUGAAUAUGGAAGAUUGCAAAAAUGUUAGAAAGCUGCCGGACAUUUCUGGCCUAGAACUCCUUGAAAAAUUGAUUAUUUCUGGUUGCUCAAAUCUUAAUGAUUUUCCAGUGGACAUGAGGAACAUGAAAUCUUUAAAAGUUUUUCGGGCGGAUGGCGUUCCAUUUCAUCAAUUGAUCCCACUAGGGCAACAAAGUAUUCCAGAAUUGUUUUGGACUUCUUAUUUGCCAAGCAACUUAGUAGAUUUAAGCCUUGGACAUUGCAAUCUUUCUGAUGAUGAUUUUCCUGGGGCAUUUAAAAACCUAUCCUCAUUGCGAAACUUAGACCUAAGCGGUAACCUACUUCAGAGCCUACCAAAUUGUAUUAGAGGUCUUACGAAGCUCUAUACACUUUCUUUUUCUCAAUGCACAAGGCUGAGAUACCUUGUAAGGCUACCCAAGGUAGGAGAACGUAUUGUAAUCUCCGGAUGCAGCUCAUUGGAGAAAAUAUCGUAUCAAUCGAUUUCAUACCGACCCACCCGCUUCGUCAUCGGAUCCAACUGGAAGCUAGCUCUACUUCAGGGCUGCUUCAAGUUUGAAACCAUUGAUGCAUUUGACGAUGCAGAAAUGAUCAAACUUUUGUGCUUGACCAACUGGGCAUCCAUGCGAAUUAUUAUGGACACCACACAUGAUGCGCUUGUCAAUGCUGCUGAGACUGAGAAGACGAAGCAACCCAUCAAGGCAUUGUAUGAAAAUGGUAUAUUCAGCACAUUUCUUCCCGGAGACCAGGUUCCAAGAGAGUUCAUCCACUACAUAGAUGGAGUCUCAAUAUCUUACACCGUGCCUUUACUUCCCAACCUCAAGAUCAGAGGCUUGAACGUCUUCGCGGUCUAUACAAAAUCCGACACUCCUAGGUACAGUUACAGUGCUAGGGAUUCAUCACUUAGACCUAUAAUGGGUCAAGUCGACAAUAAGACUAGCGGCGUGGCGUGGACCUACGGCCCGCUGUACUAUGGCGUCCCGAGCGACGGAGAGGAUGUGACAUGGCUGAGCCAUUGGAGGUUCGGGGAUCAAUUGCGAGGGGGCGAUGAAGUGGAUUUUUUGGUGCUUCCGAAACCGGAGAUUUUGGUAAAGAAAUGUGGGAUCCAGGUUGUGUACGAGCAAGGAGAAAGGAGCUGGAGGAGCUACACGGAAGAUCCUUUUUAUCCAAAUGUGAUUGCUGGAGAAGAGUCGGUGUAUGGGUUUAAGUGGGAUCGUAGAGGAACGUACUUCAUCACUCACUCUACGCCAGGGCCAACUGCAGAUUAUAUUACUAACCAUUUUGCAUCUGACUUCAAUUACCUUAGGCGCAUCACUUGA